CUAGAUAAGUAUAUGAGGAAGAAGAGGAUAAAUGGUUAAGAUGAUAGAUUUAGAUGAGAGGAAGUUUGAGUGGAGGGUAAGUGCUGGCAUGGACUGAUGGGCUGAAUGGCCUGCUUCUGUGCUGUAACUCCCACGUAGCUUUGCUAUUUUGGAGGAAAGAAUUUAGAAACUGCUUCAUGUUUCUUGUUAAGGGCGUGUUACAGAGAAGGAAGUAAUUCACUUUAAUUCUAAUCAUGGUCCCGCCUUUCUGCACCGUCCUUCCCUUUGGCAGUCAUAUUUGAGUACGUGAAGGUAAGCAGACCGGUGUUCAACCCAGGUGAGAGAACGCUGAGUCCCACCAACAACGUCCUCUUCAAAAAUUAGGAAGGUGCACAUUGCCUGAACGUCCAUCGACGGUUUGAGUGCUGCAAGAAGAGUCCAUUCGAACUGCUUCAAGAGAGGAAAAAAAUGCGCACUCUCAUUAAGUGGGAGGGGGCUUUGUAAACACAGAGCACACUUUGAUCUCCGAUUAGUUACAGCCAGAAGCUUUCUGCUAUAUGGAAAUGAUUUUCCACUUGAUGACCAGCAAUUUUAAAAUAAAUUAAGCUUCUGGUUUGCGGUUGAGUGCAAAAUGUGGCUGUGGCAGAUCCCAAUGUUAAUUCUUGCUUUUGUUGGGCCCCUUGCAUCGAUUGAGUUGUCAGAACCAACUGGGGUGCAGUUCGAUUCUGUGAACUUUAAUAACACCCUUCGCUGGACUCAGAAAGGAUCUCAACAGACCGUCUAUGAUGUUGAGUACCGCAUCUAUGGAGAAACAAAAUGGAAAAAUAAAACUGAAUGUCAUCAUAUCACUGCACAUUAUUGUGACUUAACAAAUGAGAUUGUGCAGGACAAUAACUGGUACUAUGCAAGAGUGAUGGCAAUAUCGAAAAAUGCCAAUUCAACAUGGUCCUUAUCUGAACGAUUCUGUCCGUUAGACAAGAGUUAUCUGUCUUUCUCAGCUAUAAUUGGAGCCCCGGCAGUAGAAUACACAGCAGGUAACAGAUCCAUUACUGUUUUCAUGCAUCUACCACAAGUGCCACUCAGACAGGGAGUGCAACGUUCUAUCAAAGACAUUUUUGCUACUAUUGAAUAUGAAGUGCAGCUUAAGCAAUCAUUAACAAAUAAAACGGUAUUUAAUUCAUUAAAUGAAAGCGCUUAUUUGAAAAUUGAAUCCUUGGAGCCCAAUACUAAAUACUGUGCAAAAGUGCAACUUCGCUUAAUAAAGGAACUGUUCUCGAAAAAGAGUCAACCAGCCCAUUUUUGCAUCCAAACUUUGCAAGAGAAAACACUGACCAUCAUUCUAUUAAUGGCGGUUGUAUUCUUUGGAGCAAUAAUCACUGGAAUAUUUUGCUGUAUGGCAUAUGGUUACAUAAAACACCGCAGGACACUACCGCAAUCUUUGAAUUUGGACCGGAUCGUUUUGCAUGAAAGAGUCUUAUUGGAGGAAUCUUCACCAACACUGCAGCUGGUCACCAGCUGUAAGAAGGAUACUUUUCAAUUUGUGCAAGUUAUUCAUAUGGACAAUUUAGAUCUUUUAAAGUAUGAUUCCAUUGAAAAGGAAGAAAUUAUGAAAGCAAAGGAGCUCACUUUGACAGCAGAGCUAAAUUCCUAUGCACCGCAAAGCCACACCAGAAUACAACAGGCAAAGCUUUCAGGUGACACUGCUUGUGAAAUUCAAAGUAAUUCUUCCUCCAAGCCAACUCGUAGUGGACGUUCUUCAUCAUAUUGUCCCCAAGCCACCAAUAGUCUGUCAAACAACACAUAUUCAAAUAAAAAUAAUUCACGGGCUCUGACUCAAAAUUAUGCUACAAUUGUACAUAUGACAUCUCAGAAUUCAACCAAGUUAAACACAGAUCCAAGAUUAUCCAGUGCACAGAAAGUGCCUUUAAAUUCAUUACAGACAAUGAGCGAAGACCUCCUUUAUAACAUUGAGGACUUAAUAUUCCAAAAUGGUCUAGAAUUGGAGAUGCAGAAAUUAAAAUUGAAGGAGGAAAAACCAAUGCUUUUGUCACCUUUUCUGUCACUGCUUGAUGACAAACCACAAACAUAUCAAAGUCAAUGGAAGGAGAACCAGCCAAUAGAAACACCAUUGUUGGUUUCAUUGAAAGACCAGAAACAAAUCAACCUGCCAUUGUUCCAACAUGGACAACAAAUUGAUAGCCAAUCACUUUUAUCAUUGUUAAAGGACGAAGUAGAUGUUUCAUAUUUGCAAUCUGACAGGACAGAUAAUCAACCAAUAAAAGUAUCCCUAACAGGAGUUUUACAAACUGAGCUCAAAGAUGGACAACUGGCAAAGGCAUUGUUGGAGGAUGACACAUUCACUAGACUGCUACAUGUGACUCCUGAAUGGGAAGAUGGAUAUAAAAGGCAGCUGUUAACUUCCCAUUCAUCAACAAAGCAAGGACAACAAACAAAUGCAUCAUUUUUACAAACUUCACAAACAAAUGCUACAAUGGAAGGUUGCAAAUUUCUUGAAGACUGGGAAAUACAAGUUCACAUGGAUGAAUAGCACCCAAACAGGGCAUUUCUCAUCCUGAAUAAAUACAGAAGGUCUGGAAAUGCUGAUCUAACAGCAUCUGGGGAGAGAGAAAGAGAGUUAACAUUUCAGGACCAUGACCUUCCAUCAAAACUUAUUUUGGUUGCGUAAGAUUCCAUUGCAAGUUUUGUCUAGAGAUAAGACAUUCCUCAAUCAUGUGUGAGAUAUAUUUGGAACAAAAAGAUUUCCACUGCUGAGGAUGUUUGGAGAAAGGAAACUGAGAAGGAACUUAACCUCAUUUCCUGCCCCAAUUUAGCCAACUCCAAAUUUAAAUUGCUGGCAGCAAAGAAAAACGCUUUCUGCCAAUGGGUUCCUCUUUACCUCCUCCCCCAUCAUCCCUGAUAGGGAUUCUUCUCUUGGAGUACCCUGAACAAAUUACAUUCUGCUAGAGACCAUUUCCCCUUUGUGCCCACCAGCCAAUUCCCGGUGUCCGGGGAGUGGUUUCUUCCAGGGUCGACCCAGAGCCUGUGUAUGUCCAUGAGAUGCAGGAGCUAAACUCACUCUAGGCCACAGUAUGCAAUCCUAUCACAGCCCCAUGCAUCCACCUCACAGUGAGUUGGUAUUGAGGCUUGAGUUUUAUUAACAAUUCAAAGUAAAACUUAUUUUUCUCCUUUACUAUAACCUUUGUGAUUAUGUGAAGCUACUGGUAAAAUUUCUGAAUUGCUUUUAGAAAUACUUUCAUAAUUAAUUUCUACCUCAGUUAUUGAAUUUGUUGAAGAUGGCAUCUAAUGUAUAUUUAAUUCAUUUAUAAAACCUCUGUCUAGAG